AUGGCUGCCGCCAAUUCGUCCAUGUUGGGCGUCGAAGACGUAAAGCCCCCAACGUACGACGACACGGUCACCGACGCUAGGGCGCAACUCAACUGUGGAGAGACACCAAAGCUAUUUUUGGAUAAGACGACGAUAUUCGCCAACACAUCACCACCCCGCGCGCUGUAUGAGCUGAGCAACGCCGUCACCGAGGCCAAGUCGCCCAUAUACGGGGUCCAAAAGGUCGUUUACAGGGUCAGCCAGGCGACGGGCAGCGAUAGCGUCAGGACGAAGCUAGACCACAUCUACGACUUCACCCAAGACCCUCUCAAAGGCCUCGAGAGCUUCAAAAUGCAGACGAAUGACGUCGUCGUCAUCCAGGGCCAGAAGAGCUCGAAGAGGACGUACAAGGAGGUGCACCUGAUGCCCGGCGUGGGCGGGUGGAAAGUCAAGGACCACUUCAAGGUCGGCGACAGCCCGGCGCACCAGCUGAAGCACGAAAACGAGGUUCACUGGAAGAACAUGAGCGGCGAAGUCGUCGCGGUCGAGACGUUACCCAAGCGCGACAAGGGGAAGACCUUACUCAACAUGCCGCAGUUGGAUGUCAAGGUCCCGAUGGAGGACAAGGAGCUGGAUCUGUUGGUCACAUGCUGGAUGGCUAGACUCUGGCGACAGUCUGCCGAUGACACCAAGAAGCCGAUGACCUGGCAAGACUUCAAACAAAUUUCCAAGAUUGCUCUCAGCAACAACCGGCCAGGUGUUUGGAUGCUGGCUGGGUGA